AUGGGUGGUUUUAUGCCCUUCUUCCCCUCUGGCAGUGACUUCCGGCAGAGCGGGUUUAAAGAUGCCACCCUCAAGCCUGCCGCCAAGAGAAUCAUCAUCUGCUGCGAUGGCACCUGGCAAUCAUCAGUCACCAACACAGUCAACAUUCCUUCCAACAUCACACGAAUCGCGCGGUAUCUGAGCAAGGUGGGCAGAGAUGGGGACGACCCAGCAAAGGAGUGGCAGCAGGUCGUCUACUACGACGCCGGCAUCGGAACUGCCGUAGGUGUUCUGGAGUCUGCUCGACAGGGCAACACGGGUUCAGGCUUUGUCGGCAACGUCAUCGAAGCGUACAACUUCAUCGUCAACAACUACACUCUGGGCGACCAAAUCUUUUGUCUGGGAUUCUCGCGCGGUGCUUACACGGCUCGGGCCGUUGCUGGACUGGUCACUGAUAUUGGCGUGAUCCAGCCCAGAGAUAUGCAAGACUUUGCCGAGCUGUACAAUGUCUACCAGGCCCACAGCGACAACAUUCUCUUUCGCCAGAGCAAGGCCUGGCGUGAAUGGGUGGAGGGAAAGCGGCUGUUUGACCCGAACCAGAAGGGAAGCCCCAAGGGGUGGAAGCAGGCACCUUCGGCCUGGGAGAAGAAACCGCAUGGAGCUCCUCCGGAGGCGACGAGAUGGGUCGAAGCUGUCGCUGUUUUCGACACGGUGGGUUGUCUCGGCAUCCCUGAAUUUGAAGGUUACAUCAUGGGUGGCCUCGCGUGGCUGUUGAGCUGGGCAGUUACGGUAGAGAAGUUUGGCUUCCAUAACGUGACGCUGAGCCCCUACAUCAAGCACGCCUAUCAGGCUCUUGCGCUGGACGAGCACAGAAAGCCAUUCGACGCUGCUGUUUGGCAUCUUCCAGCCCCUCCUGUUCGCCCUGCUGCGGGAAGCAACGUGGCGGAUCUGAGACAGGCAUGGGAAGAGCUCCGAGACACAGACGGGGCAACCGAGGACCAGCUGACCGAAGCUUGGGAGAACCUUGUCGCUGCUGAAAUGUUUGAGGAGUUGGGCAAGCGGGACGCCGAGCCUAAGCUUUUGCAAGUUUGGUUCCCCGGUGUUCAUGUGAACAUGGGAGGUGGGAGCAAGGAGGCGCUGGAACAGAGAAGGGGAGACUUUGAGCAGAUUGCCAUGAUUACGUUGAUGUGGAUGGUUGAGCAGCUAACGCCACACCUCCAUUUUGACAACAACGCCUUUGAAAUGUUGACAGACCGAUUCAUGGUCAUACAGCCAAUUAUCGACGACCUCAUCACGAGCAAGAAGCAGGACCACUGGCUGAUAAAGAAGAUCAACGCUCUCAAGGCGAGAGAUAAUGCCAAGAAUGGCAUUGACAGCGGCUUGACCUGGGCUCGAAAUCUUGCAGCUGAGGCGCUCAUGGGGUGGGCGACCGGCCCAAUCGUCGACACGUUCGAGGGCGGCUGGAUCAAGAAGGCGACGGGUUCCAAGUACCGUACUCCAGGCGAAUAUAAAGAAAGUCAGAAAGGGAGGACCAAUGAAGAGAUUCACCCAACAGUAAGGUACAGGAUGGACCGGCUCAGUGCCGAAGGUGUGGGUUAUGACCCAGUGCCGCUCAAGGACUUUACGCGCCAAAAGACUGUUGUGUCGCAGACGCAAGCAGAUGGCAGCAUAAAGGAGGAUGUUGGCUAUGAAUGGGUCAAGAACAAUGUCCGGAUUCCAGAGUACAAGAUAGCCGGGUCUUUCGAUAAGGAGGGGGCCAACUUUGAGCGGGCCUGUGUGGUGACAGAGUCAGCGUCGGAAUGGCUGGGAAAACUGGACAAGGAGCUGGGGAUCGAUUCGUGGGAGGCGCGAGGUCUGGACAAGUCUUGA